AUGGGGGGCGAUUUGAUUGAUGCAAGAUUGGGCUUCAGUCGAACAUCAGAUUUGGAGAUUGAAACUUCGAAAUCUACAAAGGUAUGUUUAUCUGGUUCAAUCAACAGUGUUACAGCUGCGACAAGGCAUGAAUAUGAAACUAGCUUAAAGAAUCAGGAUCCAGAUGUUUAUGAUUUGAAUCCAAUAACCAAGGAUACUGGAUUGGAAGACUCUUCUAUGCAGAAAACAACAAAUAUUGGAAAGAAGUUUGAGAGUGUGGUAUCUGAACUAAAGAAGAAGUUGGAUGAUAAUGCAAGUUCAAGAAAUGAUGUUUCAGCACAGAGUGAUAUGGUGAACCAAUCGGAUCCCAUGAUUGCAAUUGCUGAUAUCUAUAAUGAGGAAAGAUGUGAAUUAGCUGGCUUGUACAAUGAUGGAGAGCACUAUGAUUCAGAGGAUUCCGCAGAGGGUGGUUUUCUAACAGAUGAAGAAGGGGAAGAUGCUGUUGCCGAAGAUGAAGAAUAUUUGUUUCCCAACCCAGAUGAGGCUGAAGGUACCAAGAAACCAGAGAUUGGAAUGAGUUUUGACACGCUGGAUGAUGCUCACAGAUUCGUGAAUAUAUAUGGAUAUAUGACUGUUGAGGAGAAAAAAUUUUCAAGAAUUCUCCAAGAAGCUAGAAUAAAGCCAAGGAGAAUAAUGCAAAUAUUUAGAAAGAUGAAAGGCAGCUUCAAGAACAUGAAUUUUGGGAGAACACAGCUUAAAAAUCUGAAGCAAGCUGAUAGAAAGCAAAAGAUGAGAAAUACAGAUAUAGAUAGCACCAUGAACUACGUGAAGAAAAUGCAAAAGCAACAUCCUGGUUUCUACUACACUAUGAGAACAGAUGACGACAACACGGUUAGAAGUAUUUUCUGGACUGAUGCGUCUUCAAGACUAAACUACAAGCUGUAUGGAGAUUUCAUUUCUUUUGAUACUACUUUCAGCACAAAUAAGUAUAAUAUGCCUUUUGCUCCUUUGGUUGGGAUUAAUGGUCAUGGGAGAACUGUGGUUUUUGGAUAUGCAUUGCUAGAAAAUCAAACUGCAGAAACUUUCUCUUGGCUAUUUAAUGUACUGCUGGAAGUAAUGGAUGGUAGAAGACCAGAAAUUAUAAUUACAGAUCAAGAUGCUGCUAUGAAGAAGGCAAUAUUUGAAGUUUUUGGGACAGAAGUUCAUAGAAAUUGCUUUUGGCAUAUCAUGAGGAAUGCUAGAGAGAAUCUUGGAACCUUAUUGAAAGACAUAGAAAAUCUCGGAAAAAGAAUUAGAGAAGCUUACUUCAUGGACGUGUUCUGUCCAUUCAUCAAGACCACGGGUAGAAGUGAAAGCACCAAUUCAUCAUUUAAGGAUUAUGUUUUGAGAAAGGAUAGCAUAGAAACAUUCCUUCAGCAAUGUGAGAUAUUUCAGGAGGAACAAGCUGAAAUUGAGCGGAGGGACAGAUUUGAAUCAAAUGUUCAGGAGCCGGUUUUUGCUUCUAUGCAAAUGAUUGAGAGGCAUGCUGCAGAGGUUUACACGGGAAGCAUAUAUCUGAAAUUUCAAAAAGAAGUUCACAAUUCUGGAGCGUACUCUAUUGAAGAGGUAGAAAAGGAUGUGAAAUAUAAUGUUCAUAGGCUUAUCCAGCAUAAAGAUAUUGAGUUCUAUAGGAAGACUUUUACAAUUGAAGUUGACCAGAACUACAAUUCAUUCAAUUGUAUUUGCAAAAAGUACAACAUGGAUGGGAUAGUUUGCUGCCAUGUGCUCAGGUUAUUUACACAGCUUGGUAUCCACAAAAUUCCAGAUAACUACAUCAAGCAAAGAUGGACUAAAAGCUAUUUGGAAGAAGAAUUGAAAAGGCAUAAGCUUAAAGGACUUGAACAAAUAGUAGAUUGUGGAGAUGACCCAAUAUUUAGGCAUGCUAUGAUGAUGAAUUCCUUGUCGGAAAUGUGCUCGAAAGUUUGCAAAGAUUCUGAAAGAAGUGAGAAGUUUAUGAAGGAAGUUCAAAUGAUUUUUGACAGAAUGGAAUGUGAAGAAAAUGCUUCUCAAUCAACUGAUUUAGUUGUGUACAAAGACCCAGCAAUUGUAGAAGCUGUUAGUGUCGAUAAGGGCCACAGGUUGUGUCGGCCGGCUGAGAAAAGUUCAAUGCAAAAAAUUCAAAAGGAGAAGGCAGCCAAGGAGAAGGCGGCAAAAAUGAAGGAGAAUGCUACUCCCAAGAAAAAGCAGAUCAGCAAGCAGCCUCCAAAAAAAAAGGCAAGACAGAAGCAAAUGCUAGUGAAGUAG